ACUGCUUAAAUCCAAGUGCUCGAUGGGCGGCGUCGCUGGCACGCUCUUCGUGCUGUGGGUCCGCAGCGGGUUCUCGUCGGCGACGGUCGCGGCCGCGCUUACCUUCUACCCGCCGCUAUCGACGUACACGCUUGAGAAGGACGCGGCGACGGCCAAGGAGGCCUACCCGCUCUACAACGUCACGCACUUUGUGGCCGCGCACGCGCGCCUCGUCGCCGCUGCCCGCGUCUUCAUGGUGCCAACGCGCCCCGGCAACGAAGUGCCAUGCUUUGUGUUUCGGUACCCCGAGGCCGAAUUCACGCUCAUCUUUAGCCACGGCAACGCGACAGACUGCGGCGCCAUGUACUCGCGCUACAUUGCGCUCUCUCGGGAGCUCGCGGUGAACGUUGUCGCGUACGACUACUCGGGCUACGGCGCGGCGACCGGUCGCCCCAAUGAGGCCAACACCUACACGGACAUCACAGCGGUAUUUGACUUUUGCGUCCAGCACCUCAGGUAUCCUGCGCACAAGAUCAUCUUGUACGGCCAAAGCGUGGGCAGCGGCCCAAGCAUCUACUUGGCGGCCAAAGAGCUCAAGAUCCGCGGCCUCAUCGUGCACAGCGGGCUCCUCAGCGGCAUGCGUGUUCUCACGCCGAGCCGCGCGCUCGGGUGUCUUGAUACGUUUCCCAACAUUGACCGCAUCAAGCGGGUGCAAUGCUCGACGCUCAUCAUCCAUGGCGAAGACGACGUUGAGAUUUCCCUCUCGCACGGGAAAGGCUUGUACGAAGCGCUGCCCGACCACUGCAAGUUUGAGCCGCACUGGGUGCCGCACCGCGGCCAUAAUGACAUUGGCGAGACCCGGGAAUGCCGUGCCGAGUACAUUGCCCACCUCCAAAAGUACCUCCAGCACCUGCACGCGCAGCCAUGAUUAGCCUGCUACGACACGGCUUCGUCGA